CACGCUCACUCCGGAGCAAGUGCGAGUAGCAGCUGUCGGCUGGAAGGAACUGGUCUGUCUGGUCACACUCACUGAGCUGGCUUCUGACUCUUGGGAGAGACAUUCACAGCUGCUCUGACUGCCUUCUUCGCCUUUGCCUUCGCCUUGGACUCGCAGUGAAAGGCCUCCCUGUGGACACUGAGUGACCAUCCCCAGCAUUUGGAUUUCUACAGCGCCCAGGGCCAGACCCCCAAAGACUUCCAGGUCCUAGACCCCAGCAGACGCGGAACGAUGGCCUCCAUGGGGCUACAGGUGAUGGGCAUCGCGCUGGCCGUGCUGGGCUGGCUGGGCGCCAUCCUGAGCUGUGCGCUGCCCAUGUGGCGGGUCACGGCCUUCAUCGGCAGCAACAUCGUCACGUCGCAGACCAUCUGGGAAGGCCUGUGGAUGAACUGCGUGGUGCAGAGCACCGGCCAGAUGCAGUGCAAGGUGUACGACUCCAUGCUGGCGCUGCCGCAGGACCUGCAGGCCGCCCGCGCCCUCAUCGUCAUCUGCAUCGUCGUGGCUGUGGUGGGCGUGCUGCUGUCUGUGGUGGGUGGCAAGUGCACCAACUGCGUGGAGGAUGAGAGCACCAAAGCCAAGACCAUGAUUGUGGCGGGCGUGGUGUUCAUUCUGGCCGGCCUGCUGGUGAUGGUGCCGGUGUCCUGGACGGCCAACACCAUCAUCCGAGAUUUCUACAAUCCGCUGGUGGCCGCUGGUCAGAAGCGGGAGAUAGGGGCCUCGCUCUAUGUGGGCUGGGCGGCUGCCGGCCUGAUGAUGCUUGGGGGGGCCCUGCUCUGCUGCAACUGCCCACCCCGCGCUGACAAACCCUACUCGGCCAAGUAUUCUGCCGCCCGCUCCGCCCCUGCCAGCAACUACGUGUAAGGUGCCACCGCUCAACUCUUUUCAGACUUUGUUUCUCCCUGGACUCAGCUCAGCGCAGCUUGUAACCCUAGGAUGGCCCUGCCGUGGCCCGCAGGCUGCUGGGGGAUGGGCGAGCAGGGACUGAGACAGGACAUUGGCCAGCAGCCCUCAGCCCCUCUGGCCCUCUCGGAUGCCUUCCUAAGGCUUCCUCUACACUACAAGGACGGACUGAAAGACUUCCUAGCCACCUUCCUCUGAAUGGAUAUGGACACAGGGGCGGGGGGCAUGACAGUGGAGUAGGGAGCUGGCUCUUGCUGGCCAGGACAGCUCAGCCCUGACUCUACUUGGGAUCUCUGACUGGGUGCCCUGCCAAUGCCUGUGUUGGCCACUGUUCUUUGAUCAUCCCCACUCCCUCCAAGCGCAUCCUGUGGAAACCUGUGGCCGUGAGAAUGGCUGGGGCCUCACCCACCCACCUGCCUACGGAGCAGAGUUGACAGACGGGUUUAGAAGGGAGGGGUGAAGGUGCUACAAACUGGUUUGGGUAGUGGUGGGGGAGGGGGCUGUAGAGGCAGCCCUGGUUGCCCGUACCUCUUCCCACCCACCCUGUAGCCUCAGUGGCUUCAGCAGAACCCUGGGCCCCUUGACACUGGCCACCUCCAUCUGCCAAUGCGAAGGUCAUUGGCUGGCCUGGGGGAGGCAGAGGGGACGGAAUCACUCUGGCCUUCAUCCUGGGGCUUUUCCCUGCCUCCUCUGUGGUCUGUUUUGUAAUUUAAGAUCUAUUUGUCACGGUAAUUACUAUUAUUUUCUACAAUAAAUGGCACCUGUGCACAGGAA